AUCUCAUGGUCACAUGUAAUUGACAUGUCCAAACGAAAGGGUACCUCUCAAUCCUCCAACAAACUCUCAAAAGUCAAUGCCAUCAUUCUCAGCUUAUUCUACAUUGCCAUGUUACUUGUUGGAAUCAUUACGGUAAUUGUUUUUGUGGUAGUGAAGAAUUAUGCACCUGCUUGGAUAUUACUUUCUGCAGCAGUGAUGAUCUACUUGUUGACCUUUGUGAUUGGAUUUGCCUUUUAUGGUGUGAAAAUUUUGAUUCAAUUGAGAGGGUCGAAAGGUUCCUUACUGGAAUACAAGUUUACCAAGUUUAUUCUAUACGAAACUGCACUUUUCAUAAUUGGAUGGCUGGUUUCAUUGUUCAUGUUAACUACUUACAUUUUUGGUUAUGAUUCAAUGACAUUAUUUUGGGGAUUGAAUAGAAAUAUAUUUAUGGACUGUUCUUUGAAUGCAGUGCUCAUACUUUCGUCCUAUAUUACCUUCAAUGAUACGGCUUUUGUUUUAGUUUAUGGAAAAAAGGCACUUUCUAUUGUUUCAUUCAUUGGAACUUGUGGAAGAUCCUAUUCGAAAGCAAAGAAUGCCAAAGCUCAAGAAAAACCUCUCGAAGAAACUCAAACCGAAUCCAAAGACCCACAAACAUCAACACCCACCAUUUAACCAAUGUUUAAAGCUUCUAUUGGAAACGUCAAUGAAAUUCCUCGAAAAACAACCAUAUAUAAAAUUGGCCAAUUUUUGUUGUAUGAAGGAAAUUUGGCGCCAAAACUGAAAUCCUUACUAAAAUAAAACACAAAAAAAAAUGGACUACU